CCCCUUCAGCCUCUGCGCCGGCGGAACCAUCGGCUUGCUGCCAACCAGCAUGUCAUCCACACCAACCAGUGGCGCUAGCCCCCGCCCCCUGCUGCAUCCUCCCACAGUGUCCCUGCACCCUCCCGGGCUGGGAGGAUGGAGUGGCCUUGGGUGGUGCUGCGCAUGCAUGCAUGCACCUUGGCACCUCCGUAAACCUCCCCCCCCUCCCCCCGGCUGGGGCCAAGGUGAAGGAACCUUUUACCUUUUGGCUGGUUUCGAGCGGCCACACCACGGAUCACAGGCACGGCCUUGUCCUGGCGUCGGCGAGGGGAUUGAUGGGGUGGUGGGUGCUAUGGGCUCGGGCGGCCGCCCCUCCACCCAUUGCUCGUUGCAGCUCACCACCCUCAGGCAGGGCAGGGGAGCACCUCCACGUUGCCGCAUCCUGUGCACCCACCCCAUGCCAUCCACCUCUCCAUCCAUCCAGACACGGGCAGGCAGCGCGCACGCCCGCACGCCCGCACGCCCACCUCGCAGCAGCGGGCACCACCACCACCGCUGCACCUCCUCCACCAUCACCUGGAGCAGUGGGUGGUCGCGCCGGACAGCGCCCUCCAUCACCUAAAAAGUCGGGUCCGGGUACCACCACACCGACCGACAACACCAGCUGCGCCUGCACCGGCACCUGCACCAGCAGCCGAAUGCAAGCCUCCACUCCACUGCUGCACUGCAGGCGCUUCCACGGCAGCGGGGACCCACCUCACUAUCCCAUCAUCCCCAGCGGGUGCCUUGCCAUCCACCAUCCUCCAUCGUUUCCUUUCCCUUCUUCACCUUUUUUUCUCCCCUUUCCCACCAACUCCACCACCAGCCUCAAACCGCUCACCCACCACAGUCCGCGAGCCCGCGUCCUCAAUUCCUCACCCUUCUCUUCCUCGGCGCCUUUGCACACCACGCUGCAUUCCCCGCGACCACACCCCCGGCGGCAAUCUCUACCGUCGUCGCCGAUAGAUACCACCUGACCUUGCUCUUAGUUAGGCUCGUCGCGCAGAACCGUCUCGCCUCUCGCAUUCCGCGCCGCGACCUGCCAUCGACUCAUCGUCGUCGUGCACAUCAACCUCUGCUCCAGCUACGCUUCUUUGACGACGUGCCACCAACCAUCGUCGCACGCGACUCCUUUGCGGCUUGACGCGAGGGUCGACUCUCAAGUCGUCGUAUCAUCGCUGCCUGUCUUGCCAUUGCCGUUGCCAGCAUCAACAGCGCCUAGCCAGCCCAGCCUCGACGCACCGUCCGCGACUGCGACGACCCCCCCGCCAUCGCCAAUCCGCUCCCUCGCGGCCAGGGCCUACUUCGCGUACAAGUCAGCCGCUAGCCACCGCAACAGUCGUCCGCCAGUCUCCUGCUGCUCGCCCUGCAGUGAACAGCAAUGUCCAUGUAUUCGCACCGCGGCAUGGGGGCCGUGCCCCCCAGCAACUCCGCCCGCCUCAACGAGCUCCUCGAUCAGAUUAGGGCCGAGUUCGAUACCCAGCUACGCCAGACGGAGAGUUUCGAGCAUCAAAUUUCCGCGCAAGUGAGCGAGAUGCAGCUCGUCCGAGAAAAGGUUUACGCCAUGGAGCAGACCCACAUGACUUUGAAGCAAAAGUACGUAUCAUCGCGGGAGAUGUCUCUCCGAGUCAAAUGGCGUGGUGCAGCCGACUCACAUGGCAUUUGCCUCGCAGAUACGAGGAGGAGAUCAGCAUGCUUCGACACCAACUAGAGGCUGCACGCAAGGGCGCUCCUCCGUCCGCCAUCCCCGGGCCUCCCCAGCAUGCCGGCCCCUCGCAGCAGCCUCCUUCGAUUGCCCCCGGCAAUGGCUUGUUCAGCGGCAUCAUGGCCGGUGGCAAUCAGGCUGGGCUUGCUCCUCCCCAGCAGCAUCCUCCGCCCCAGGAGCAGCAGGUAGGACCUCAGCACCAGAUGGCUCAGGGCCCGCCUGGGCUCCCCGUCCCACCACCGCAUCCUAAUGCCCAGCAGCCUCCCUACCAGCAAGGCUAUCCGCAGGGUCCUGUUUCCAACGGCAUGGGACCUCAGCCCCCUCAAAGCACCGCAUCUCCAGGACCCGGCAGGCGAGGCGUUGGCCGCCCCCCGAAUGCUGUCGGCCCCGCGACACCCCAAAUCAACACACCGGUGCCUUACCCGGGAAAUGCCCAGUCCCCUCAAGUCAGCCACCCUACUCCAGACCACGCGCGCAUGGGCGGCCCUCGGCAACCGCCGGUUGGCAAUUCGCUCGGUGAUCUUGAGGUUGAUGCCGUGGCGCCCCACAAUAAGAAGACCGGCAGCGACUGGUAUGCCAUCUUUAACCCCCAGGUCCAGCGUGUCUUGGACGUGGACCUGGUCCAUUCCCUCACCCACGAGAGUGUCGUGUGCUGCGUGAGGUUUAGUCACGACGGCAAGUACGUGGCUACUGGCUGCAACCGCUCCGCCCAGAUUUUCGACGUCCAAACUGGCGAGAAGGUCUGUGUUUUGGAGGACCACAACGCCCAAGACAUGACGGCCGACCUGUAUAUCAGGAGUGUCUGCUUCAGUCCGGACGGCCGCUAUCUCGCUACGGGCGCAGAGGACAAGCUGAUUCGAGUUUGGGACAUUGCAUCCAGAACCAUCCGCAACCACUUUGCAGGCCACGAACAGGACAUUUACUCGCUCGACUUUGCUCGCGACGGUCGCACCAUCGCCUCCGGCAGUGGCGACAGGACUGUGCGACUCUGGGACAUCGAGCAGGGCAGCAACACGCUGACCCUGACCAUCGAGGACGGCGUCACGACCGUGGCCAUAUCGCCCGAUACCCAAUACGUCGCCGCCGGCUCUCUGGAUAAGAGCGUCCGCGUGUGGGACAUUCACUCGGGAUUCCUUGUGGAACGCCUCGAAGGCCCGGAUGGACACAAGGACUCGGUCUACUCGGUGGCCUUUUCGCCCAAUGGCAAGGACCUCGUCAGCGGCAGCCUGGACCGAACCAUCAAGAUGUGGGAGCUGAGCUCUCCGCGCGGCGGCGGCAACUCGGGACCCAAGGGCGGAAAGUGCGUCAAGACGUUCGAGGGCCACCGUGACUUUGUCCUAUCGGUGGCGUUAACACCCGACGCCAACUGGGUGCUGUCGGGCUCCAAGGAUCGCGGCGUCCAGUUCUGGGACCCGCGCACGGGAACGACGCAGCUGAUGCUUCAGGGGCACAAGAACUCGGUCAUCUCGGUGGCCCCCAGCCCCCAGGGCGGGUACUUUGCCACGGGCUCUGGCGACAUGAAGGCUCGCAUCUGGUCUUACCGCCCAUUCUAGUUGCGUGAGAAUUAGCGUCGAAGACGCUAGGUACUGGUCUGUGGCACAUUGGGUGGAGGCGCUUGGAGGGACGCACGGGGAGACGAAGCUGCCACGUUUGUCGUGAAGCCAGAUUUGGCUCUUGUGGGAUACUAGUUUGAACGGGCCGUGCCUGCGGGAGGUCGGAAAGGAAAACACACAUCAGGCGCAUGGACUAUGGAGAGACGAGCCAAACAUUGUUUGUUUUGUACGGGUACGUACGAGUGGGCCUGGCGUGAGUACACUGCCGACAGUCUGCUUUUUUUCGCUGUGGUUUGUCUGGUUUCUUUAUCUGUAAUGAGUAUCUGACAAAUUCCCCCAAAAUUAAUACUUCUGAC